AUGAUGCCGGCAGACCUCCCACGUUUUCAUUCGCCUAAGCGCAAACGAGAGACCUCCGAGAUCGACUACUACAGCCCAUCUGCAUCACCGACUUCUACUGUCUCGGUUGCAAGCCUUCAAGAGGCUCGGUUGCGUGAGGAUCUUGAGCUGGGAAGGCACAGUCCGCGAGCGGCGGUGGCAGGGCGUUUUGGGCAAUUAGCGAUUCGGGGGGAGCGUCUACCGGAGCCUGGGCCACUGAAUGAUUCCCAACAAGGUCGCGACGCAACCUCGGCCGAGGAAUCAUGUGCUGGCCACAACUAUCACGAUCCCAAGACUAUGCCUGAAGCCUUGCCGCCCAGCAGGGAAAUAUCCCCUCCGAUAGAAGGCCACCAAGCACCCCCAAGAGGAGUAUCAAAACCAGCAGAUGAUGUGCCGCAUACGCCAAUGGCCUCCCCAUCCAGAAGGACAUCUACGCUAUCUCGCAAGAAAACUGAAUCCGCAUCACCUUCAAAAUCUCGCAAGCCAAGACUCUCGCCUCCUCCUGCGGAAGUCCAUCUAGAGGAUCCAUUUACGUGGCACGAUGAUGAGAUUACUGGCCACAAUCCGUCAGACCCAAGUGACGAUGGUUACGGAAUCAAUGGCGUGGGCUUCAAACCCACAGCAGCGAUGGCCUGGGCACGCUCGCAAAAGCGACAGAAACAGGUCGCCGAGUGGAGGAGCCGUGAGGCUCGUGAAGCCCGAGAGAAGAGAAGAGAAAGAAGAAAUGAUGGUCUGAACUUGGACAGUCUUCGGGGCAUACACAAAGGCGCGAUCCAGAAACGAGUCAAGUUCGAUGUCUAA